CGGCUUGUCAUGUACAUACACACCAGGAGGCUUCUUCCUGUCUGCAAAGGGCUGCCAAGUUUUCCCACCUAAAUAGGCAUGCACGUGUCUUCCACUAAAGUCUAGUAGACAACUCUUCCAGCCCACCUCCUGCUUAGCGUAUGAAGCUUGUUGUACUUAAGGGAGAGGGUAUCCCGCCGUCUCCAGGGCCACCUACGUAUAUACAACUGGGUUAUCGUGUUGACUGCCUACCAAAAGCUGGUCCGUCCUGCGUUGUACUUGUUUGCGCACAUCAGGCCGGAAAGAAACAGCAGGGGUUUCACCAAUAGCCUUUGGGAGGCAGCUUUCAGCCCAUUUUCUUGAUGUGCCCUGGAUGAUAUUUCAGUGAAAUACGGAUACCUGUGAUCUCUUGCAUGUGGAAGGAACGCUAGGAGAAAGGUGAAAAGAUGGGUGUAAAAACAUUUACUCAUAAUUCCCCUGCUCAUAGCCAGGAGAUGCUUGGAAAGCUAAACAUGCUUCGCAAUGAUGGACAUUUCUGUGACAUCACCAUUCGUGUCCAGGACAAAAUCUUUAGGGCGCACAAGGUGGUUUUGGCAGCCUGCAGCGACUUCUUCCGUUCCAAACUCGUUGGUCAAGCAGAAGAUGAGAGCAAGAGCGUAUUAGACUUGCACCAUGUGACAGUGACUGGCUUUAUACCUCUUCUGGAAUACGCUUACACAGCAACACUAUCCAUUAAUACAGAAAAUAUUAUUGAUGUGUUGGCUGCAGCCAGCUAUAUGCAAAUGUUCAGUGUUGCUAGCACGUGCUCAGAAUUCAUGAAGUCAAGCAUUUUAUGGAAUACGCCCAACAGCCAGCAAGAGAAGGUGCUAGAUGCAGGACAGGAAAACAGUGCAAACUGCAAUUUUACUUCUCGAGAUGGCAGCCUUUCUCCAGUUUCUUCUGAAUGCAGCGUAGUGGAAAGAACCAUUCCUGUUUGCCGAGAGUCACGAAGAAAGCGCAAAAGCUACAUAGUUAUGUCUCCUGAGAGCCCUCUGAAGUGUAACACACAAACAAGUUCCCCCCAAGUGCUGAAUCCUUCAACUUCUUACCCAGAGUCCAGAAACCAGCCUGUAGACUCCUCCUUAGCUUUCCCCUGGACUUUUCCUUUUGGAAUUGAUCGAAGACUUCAGUCGGAGAAGGUGAAGCAGGUGGAGAAUUCUAGGACUUUGGAAAUGCCUGGGCCCUCUGAGUCAAACCGAAGAAUUACUGAUUAUGUGACUUGUGAGAGCACAAAAGCCAGUUCACCCCUUGUGAUUGAAGAAGACGUGCGUGUCAAAGUGGAAAGGUUAAGUGAUGAGGAGGUUCAUGAGGAAGUAUCGCAGCCUGUCAGUGCAUCCCAGAGUUCUCUGAGUGAUCAGCAGACAGUCCCUGGAAGCGAGCAAGUUCAGGAAGAUCUCCUGAUCAGCCCACAAUCUUCCUCUAUAGGCUCAAUAGAUGAGGGGGUUACAGAGGGAUUACCCACACUCCAAAGUACUUCUGGCACUAACGCUCAUGCAGAUGAUGAUGAUCGUUUGGAGAACGUUCAGUAUCCCUACCAACUCUACAUUGCUCCUUCUACCAGCAGCACAGAGAGACCCAGCCCAAACGGCCCAGAUAGACCUUUUCAGUGUCCAACCUGCGGGGUCCGGUUCACUCGCAUUCAGAACUUAAAACAACACAUGCUUAUCCACUCAGGCAUUAAACCAUUUCAGUGUGACCGCUGUGGGAAAAAGUUCACCCGAGCUUACUCGCUAAAGAUGCAUCGCCUGAAGCACGAAGGUAAACGCUGUUUCCGGUGCCAGAUAUGUAGUGCCACUUUCACUUCCUUCGGGGAAUAUAAACACCACAUGCGGGUUUCCCGGCAUAUUAUCCGCAAGCCUCGGAUUUACGAGUGCAAAACAUGUGGCGCCAUGUUCACCAACUCUGGAAAUUUAAUCGUUCACCUGAGGAGCUUGAACCAUGAAGCGUCAGAGCUAGCAAACUACUUCCAGAGCAGUGACUUCCUAGUACCGGACUACUUAAACCAGGAACAAGAAGAGACCCUCGGGCAGUAUGAGCUAGGGGAGCAUGGCUUUGAAAGCAACUCUUCUGUCCAAAUGCCUGUCAUUUCACAGGUCUCGUCGACUCAGAAUUGUGAAAGCACUUUCCCCUUGGGGUCUCUGGGUGGGUUGGCAGAGAAGGAAGAAGAUGUGCCCGAGCAGCCAAAGACUAACACCACUGCUGAGGCAACCGCAGGUGACCCUCCGAAACCGGAGCUGUCAUCUAUUACUAUUGAAUAAUUCAUGGUUUGUUUUCAUUUUUGUUCUUUGGAAAGUGCCUGUGUUUGGUCCUGUACAUUUUAAUUUAAUUUUUUUAAACAAAACUGGGGGGAUUUUCCCUUUUUACUUUGUAAGCUACGCUUUAAACAGAAAACUGCAACAGAUGUUACAUUAUUUUUCAUGACUGAAUGAUCACUUCUGUGAAAAUAUUUAAGACUGAAUGCACAAAAAGAUCUUGUCAGAACAUCGUGGAAGCUGUGAUACACUUCUAAAGAAGAACUAACUGAUUCAGAUCACUUUAACUAUUUCUUCUUCCACAGUUAGAACAGCUCAUUAAGUUUUUCUUGCUUCUGCAGACCCUCUGGUUAAAGGAAAGAAAUCAGAGGAAACCUUUUUAAAAUGACAAACAAAAGGCUGCAUUGGAAACCAUUAUUGAACAGUUUUGACUAGUUUUGCGUGGAUUGCUUUAAUCUUCUGCUUAUAAAAUGACCCUUCGUAUCUCUGUGCCUGCUGAUUUUCAAAGUGCUUACUGUAACCCUUUUCUUGGAAACAGUAAGCAUUUUUGAAACUAACAGUCACACGCUUUUUAAAAACACAUUGUCCCUUUGCAUCUCAGAUGAAUCAGUUUUGACAAACCAAGCGAUAUCAUGCCAGGUAUUCCUACUUCUUAUAUUCUAGUCCUUUUAGAAACUGUUUGAUCAAGUAGCCUGUCCGGAUUUGCCUAUUCAAGGUUAGGCAUGAAGAUAAUAUGGUCAGGAAAAGUCUAAUGGUGCAUAAUGAACUGAGGAAGAUAGAAAAGUAUAUAUGCUUUGCAUAUCCAUGCAAGCCUGACAAAUAUCUCAUGACUGUAUCUUUCUGAAAAAGGGAAACCACAUACAGAAAUGAAGGUUUUCUCAAAUUGAAGUUCUUAAACCUUGGCCAGAUUGUUUGCAGUUCUGGUCACUUCCCUCUAUCAUGUAUACUGUAUUUUUACUAAUCUCUGAAAGCUAGCUAGAGGGAGUUUACAGCUGGGGAAAAAAUGAGCUCUUUUGUGCAUUAUUGCACACUUUUUUGUUUAUACAUAUGCAUGUAUAGUUUCUGAGAUUUUUAUUAGUCUACUUUGGACAAAACACGCAAUUUAUUCCCUUUAGAGGCCAGCUUUCUAACCCAACAGGGGGUUGUUUACAAAAAGCCUAUAUAGCAAUGAUAAAUUGUUCCUAUUUCAAAACAUUUUAAAUCCUUGCCAACUCAGUUUAUUAAAGGCCAUUACUCUGGCUACGUAUAUAGCUCAAGUAAGCAAUAAAUUGGAAGAUUUGCAAUUUCAUUUUUCCAUAUUUAGAAAAAGCUGCAAAUUUAGGGUGUGGGAUUUUCCGAGCAGUGAUUCUUGUUUUGUCAAGGCUGUUUGGGCUAUAGUACUGCUUUGAAAACUAAAUUAGGAAUUAGAUUAGGAGGUUUGUGGGGUUUUAUUGCUAAUCACGUUAGCUCAGUGGUUGAUGCCAAAUGGCUAUCGCCUACGUACGACAUGCUGAGAGAGUAGUUAUUACUUGAUCUUAGUAUUCCAAAGGCAUGAUAUACUCCCUUAGUUUUGAAUCUGCUUUUUGAAUUGUUGUUUUCUAUCCGAAUUUGUUUUACACAAACAUGAGGAGGAAAUGAAACCAAUAGAGAAAGGUUGCUUCUGAAGAAACAGAAGGCACCAAAGUCAUAUUAUUUUGCAAGAUCAAUUUAUAUUUGGUUAGCUGAGGCAGCUCUGAUACCCGGUAGAUCUGAGGCAUUUCUACUAAUAGCAGACUUUUGUAAGGAAGAAAGCUUAUUGCUCUUUGGGAAGAGCUUAAAGGAUUUCAGUGGCUUUUAAGUAUUUAACAGUUUUUCUCCACUGUGUUUUAGGUAAAAAACACACAUUUUAGUUAAGUAGAAUGAAAACAGUUGGGAUUUCAGUCCUUUCCAAGUUACUGGAGUGAAGUUUCUCCGCCAGAUCCGAAGGGUGUUUUAGAAACAUGCUGCAAAGUUGUUCUCCGCUACAAUUCAGUCUUGUAUGUCUGCAUUUGUAAGUCUUCUUAAAAGGGCUUGGAGGAGAAAUUCUUUUUUUGGUGUAUUGUACUGUGAAUUAGUCCAGUGUCUGUUGAUGGGCAGAAUUUAAAGACCAGUUCUCUUCCACUUCUAAUUUCUAUAACUGAGAAGCCAGUGAGACAAGCAAAUGCCUUUUGCCGCCUUUUAUCCUAAAUUUUAGGGCUAAGACACUGGACUCAAAUGUAUGAUUUUCCUUUUUUGAUCUAAAUGUUAUGCAUGUUUCUAGGUAUAUGAGAAUCCUUUCUGAAUCUUGUAGUAAAACGUACUUACACAAAAGACACAGUCCCAGACUGUAUAGAUAAAAUAUUCAAAGGUCAGCUAUAGACAGACAUAAUUUUUUGUUAGAAUCUGGUAAUUUUCUCCCAGUAGAUAUUUUGCUAAACAGUUUGCUUGUCAUGAGAUGUGCAAAUACAGAAUAGACGUAUCUGGAUAUUGGGUUUUUAGAAGACUUUACAAUUCGUGUCAGAAGGUAGACUGCUUUCUGAGUACCAAAGAGAAAUUAAAAACUAGUUACAAGGACCUUGCAGCUCUAAUCUGUUCUUCCUUGAAAAGAAAUUAAUAUCAUUAACUGUUAACACCUCGGUACCAGGCGAGUCAUGGGUUCCAUUGCUCAUUGCAAUGUGUUACAUGUUAUCUUUUCAACCUCUUAAUCUCUGUGUAGUUCUCUACACAGUUCUGUAGUCUCUUAGCUCUUCUCACUUUUCAGUCUGGUUCAACUGCAGGAACAAUAGAGUUCUUACUCCCAAGAUUGUUUUUUUGGUUUUAGGGUUGGGAUUUUUUGGGGUAGUUUUCCUGUUUGUAAUGUUGUUUGUUUCUUGUUAAUAUGUCUUUUCUCCAUAGAAGUGAACGCAAAUUAAAUUCAAAUAUCAUUUUCUUUCUCCUCCCUAACUUUUUGGAAGUGUUCAGUGCUUUGGAAUGCUAAUGUCCUUCACAGGAGAGAUGUAAAAUAUUAGAACAUCUUAAAACAAGCUCUGUUGCUAGUAUUUGGGUUCCAAAUUGAGUGAGAUAGAUAUCUAACUAAGCUAAAUGAAACUUGCCUUAAACUACGCUUGGGAUUAAACCUAAAGCAUAGAUUUCUCUCAACAGAUUAUUAGAGGAUUUCAAUCCCUGCAGUGCAUUUUUCUUUUCCCCACAAAAGGUUUUUUGGUGUGCAUUAGUGUUUCCACUUGACAAAGAUCACAGGGUCGCAGAAUCACAAAAUAGUUGAGGUUGGAAGGGACCUCUGGAGAUCUUCUAAAUCCAGCCCCCCUUGCUCAGAGCAUGGUCAAUUAGAGCAGGUUGCUCAGGGCAUUGUCCAGUUGGGCUUUAGAUAUCUCCAAAGAUGGAGACUUCACAGCUGCUCUGGACAACCUGUUCCACUGUUUGGCCACCCUUUCUGUAAAAA